AUGUCAAAAGACGACGUAAACCAUCUCGAAACUCGUCGUUCUACCUCACAUCUUCAUGGGGACGAACUCCUCGAUGCAGAGUUUGGCGGUCACGAGGCGCGUAGGUCUCUCGAACGCAAACUUUUGCGAAAGAUUGAUGCUCGUAUGAGUAUCCUUGUCGCAAUCUACAUUCUCAACUAUAUUGAUCGAAAUAAUGCUGCUGCUGCUCGUCUACGCGGGUUCGAGGCCGACCUCAACUUGCAUGGACAACAGUUUGCGACGCUACUGUCCAUCUUGUAUGUCGGCUAUAUCACAAUGCAAGUCCCCUCGAACAUGUUCCUCGACCGUAUCGGGAAACCAUCCAUCUAUCUGCCCAUCUGCAUGCUCAUUUGGGGUCUCAUCUCGGUCCUCACUGGAAUCACACACAACUUUACUGGGGCCCUCCUUACUCGCUUCUUCUUGGGAUUUGUCGAGGCCGCAUUCUUCCCGGGUGCACUCUACCUCUUAUCCAAAUGGUACACUAAAAAGGAACUCGGUCUCCGGAAUGCCAUCUUGUUCUGUGGCAAUCUUUUGAGCAACGCCUUUGGUGGUCUUCUCGCGGCUGGCAUUCUGAAUGGAAUGCAGGGAAAGCUUGGACACGCUGCUUGGAGAUGGCUCUUCUAUAUCGAAGGAGCUCUAACAAUGGCCGUCGCUAUCAUAGCGAUCUGGGUUCUUCCCGACUUUCCAGCGACGACUUCGUGGCUGACCCCCGAGGAACGCAAGCUCGCCGAGCUUCGCAUGCAAGAAGACGCGGGGGUUGGCGAUGAAGAAGACAAGCAUGGCUCGCUCACCCGCGGUCUCGUUCUCGCGCUCACCGACUGGAAAGUAUGGUGGCUUGCGCUUGCACUGACAGCUCAAGUGAUUGGUCUCUCCUUUAAUGCCUACUUCCCGACUUUGACAGCCACAUUGGGCUAUAAUCGCACUAUUACUCUCUUGCUCUGCGCACCGCCGUGGUUCUUUGCCGCUGCGGUGGCAUUUAUUGUCGCAAGACACUCGGAUGCCUCCGGUUCGCGAUACUGGCAUAUUGUGGUACCACUCAUCAUUGGCAUGGUCGGUUUCAUCAUCUCGCUCUCCACCCUCAACACGGCCGCACGGUACAUCUCGCUGUUCCUCGCAGCGCAAUCCUACGCAGGCUUUAUCGUCUUCUUUGCUUGGAUCUCCAACAUUAUCCCACGUCCGCCAUCGAAGCGCGCUGUCGCUCUCGCCUUUAUCAAUGCUUUCUCGCAGUUGGGUAAUGUGGCUGGAUCGUACGUCUGGCCGAGCAAGUGGGGUCCUUCGUAUCGCUACUCUUAUGCGAUUUGCAUCUCCUGUUUCGGACUGGCAAUCGCCAUGUGUACAGUGAUGAGGUGGCAUCUGAAAAAGGAAAACGAGCGAUUCGAAAGGGAGCAAAAGGAGGGACUGGGACAACAGGAACAGGUCGUCAAAGGGGAUGGGACGGAUGUCCCUGUCAUUCAAGCACGUACCGGAUUCAGGUAUCUCUUGUGA